AUAAAAACGUAAACAUGGGAUUAACAAACUUUACGAGUCUUCUUAUAAUUUUAUGUUUUUGUGGAAUCGACAAGGUUGUGUGUGACGGCAAUGGUGUAAUUUUUGCCAAGCCGAAUUCCUCCCAUACUGAAUGGGGUGACCAUUUCUGUAUACUGUACAAUCCACUCUUCCAUUCUCUCCCAGAGGAGAAGUCGCAGGCUAAGGCUUAUGACCUAGUAAACCUGUCCCAAGAUGAGGGCUGUUUUUCCAGUGUUAUUUACACCAAUGACACCAACGUCAAGGGGAAAAUUGUGGCCAUUGCCAGAGGAAAUCGGACAUGUACAUUCACAGAAAAAGCCAUGAUGGCCAAGAGACAUGGAGCAGCAGGGAUAUUGAUUAUCUCCAAAAACAAGAUAUACCCAAGUGCCAACCAGACAUCAGACUAUAACACCAUCAAUAUCAUUGUGGCCAGCAUCAAAAGUGCAGACUUUCAGGACAUUCUGAGAGAGGGCUCAGAAGUGGAGGUGAUGUUGGUAGCUCCAGACAGUAGUGGAUUUGACCCCUGUAUUGUGGUCAUCUUUCUCCUGGCCAUGCUGUGUAUCAUUGUGGGGGGAUACUGGGCAGGAGUGGUCAAAACUUCAGGUUUGAAAAAACCAAAAUCAAAAGACUCAGGGAAAAAAUCUGGGAGAUCGGGAGCUGAUGACAACAGUGAUGAUGAUGAAGAGGAGCUGGACAUCUCCGUACCAAUGAUCAUCGUCUUCUUCUUUUUUGUCUGUACCUUCCUCAUUCUUCUGUAUUUCUUCUAUGAUUAUCUUGUGUAUGUGGUGAUAGCUCUGUUCUGUUUGGCUGGAACAGCCGGUCUAUUUGCCUGUGUGGAGCCAUUAUGGAGCAAAAUACCAUGGGAGGCAAGAUUACCUGCCAAUAAAAUUCCAUUCUUAAAACAGCGACCAUUUUAUAGGGACAUAAUUUUGGUUCUGCUCUGCUUAGGUGUGGCAGUGUUUUGGGGAAUUCAAAGAAAAGAAAGUUAUGCCUGGGUAUUACAGGACAUCCUAGGUGUGGCAUUCUGUGUAAAUAUGCUAAAGACAUUACACCUGCCAAACUUAAAGAUCUGUGUCAUACUGAUGGUGCUGUUAUUUUUGUAUGACAUUUUCUUUGUCUUCAUUACACCCUACUUUACCUCUAAUGGAGAAAGUGUGAUGGUAAAAGUAGCCACUGGAGGGUCCUCAGGGGGGUCGUCAUCAGGGGAACAGAUCCCCAUGGUGUUUAAGGUUCCUCGCCUUGGCAGUUCACUGAUGAACGUGUGUAAUCUGCCGUACUCUUUACUGGGGUUUGGUGACGUCAUUGUUCCAGGUUUACUGGUCAGCUAUAACCACAGAUUUGAUGUUAGAGUGGGCACGAGACGGAUUUAUUUCAUAGCCACUGUUAUAGCAUAUGCUAUUGGUCUUGUGGUGACCUUCCUUGCCCUUUAUCUUAUGGACAAAGGCCAACCAGCUUUGUUGUACCUUGUGCCAUUUACACUUGUAACAACAUUUGUGAUUGGCUGUAUAAGAGGAGAAGCUGGUUCCCUAUGGACUGGUAUUUCAAAACAGGAAAAUUACAAGAAAGAUGACACAAGCUCUACCAAAGUCCAAACAGGGGUGCCCGUUACAACAGCCAGGAUAGACGACCAGAGCAGCAGUUGUAGCUCUUCCAGUGGAGGGAGUGAGAGCAGGCUGCUGAUCAAUAAAUGAAUUUUGAGGGGUGGAUCUAGCAGCAAACACAGGAGAGUUAUAGAUCUGUGAUAAUAUUUAAAAUGAAUAUUUUAGAUAUAAAUAUAAAUUCAAAAUAAAAAAGGAAAAUUAAGUUAAAAAUAUUUUGGCACUGCAAGUAUCAUAAUACUUAUCGAAGAAGGUGUAUCAUCCCAUCCCUAGCACUGUUGUAAAAAUUAUAUGCUCUGAAAAAACUCCAGUAAUAUAAAUAAGAGAAAUUGGCAAUGAAAUGAAAAAAAAAAUGAUUAUAAGAAAGAUUUUCUGUGUAAAAUCAUUAGAAUACAUGUUUAUUGUUUUUUUUUUUAUUGAAGAGAGUGCAUACGUAUAUGUAGUCCACAAUUAUUUUUUUCUUUCUUAAUAAUAAGUCUACUCUGUGGAUUGUGUAAAAACUACUAAAAUUCCAUUCCAUCUUCAAGUGCAACGUGUAGGAUUUCAAUCAUUUGGAUAAAUAUUCAUCUGUAUAUUUUAAUUUUGUAAAUUUUUUAGAUUUUUGCGUAUGAUCAAUAUUAAUACAUUUAUUGAUUUUGUUUGAUUUUUAUGAGUAUUUUUCUCUGUAUUUAAGCUUAACUUCAGCAUUUAUAUUUUAUUUAUAUUAAAACAUUUUGAAGAUGUGCAGUUCUGAAAACAUUUAUUCAUCUUUUAGGUUAGGCAUAUUGCUUUACAUUGAUUUUGUUUACUUAUCUGUUAGUAUCAUGAUCCAGGUAGAAAAUAUACCGGUUCUUUGUUCACAGACUUCAUAUUUUUUUCCUCAUUUGAUUUUAUGCAUAAAAUGCCUUAUUAUUUAUUAAAGAUUGUAAAAUAUUUGAAGGUAUUUUUCUUGAAUUGAGAUGUUUUGCAGUGAUCUGUUACUAUAUUUCCUUUAUACAUGUAGAUGUAAGACAUAAAAAUACAUUGUACCUGAUUACUGUGUCUCCAUAUUGAUAUGAAAAAAAUACAGUGAAAACUGUCUAGUCUGAAACCUGUGAAAUCCGUACGCGUUUCACUAUGAAUUGCAACCUUCAUUGAAAUUCUCAUUUCAUCCUGUCUAUUCAAAAGACGAAGUUUGUCUCCCAGUGCAUGUUGAAUUAGAUACAUUUCACUGUAUAUGUAAACUUGGAAGAAUAAAUUAUGUGUACUAUCGGUGCUCUUGAGAAGUACUUAACUCCCCAUAGUACAAGAUUUUCAUUAUCUUUGCAUAGAAGUGACUUGAAGAAACAGGAUUUAAUGUUCAAAAUGUUUCCAUUAAAAAGAUAAAGUGAAUUAAAUAAAUUUGUUUGAACUUGUUACCAAAGGUUAGUCCUAGAAAAUGUGCCUCUUUUUCCAAGUGCUUAAUUCAUUAAGAUCAAUAGGAAGUAAUGAUUAGGUGUCAGAAAAUAAUGAGAUAUAAGUUCCUAUUUACAAGUAUUUGGUAUAUUUGAGCUUGGAGUGAAUCAAUAACUCUUAAAUCAAAUUACUGGUUUCUAUUAUGUAAAACUCUAGUGGAUAUGAUAUAGUGGUGUACAAUCAAAUGACUUACAAGGCCAAAAAAAGUUUGUUUUUUAACACUCUGAUGAGCAAGUAAAAGUAUACUGCUUAGUGUAUAUUAUAAUAAAGCUUAUAGGUAUGUUAUCUUUAGUGAGCAGUAUUUCACCCAAAAUAGUAUUUUUUAUAUUAAAAGUAAUUCUUUUUAAAGUGUUUUGUAAAUUAAAAUUCAGGCAUUUUGACAUCAUAGAAAGCUGCUUUUUAAUAAAAAUGGAAAUCGUAUAUUU